CUCUUCUUUCCCGCCUACCCUACCAACCCUAUCAACCCUUUCAACCCUUUCUCCGAUGUAUCCGUCAACAGAAUUCUUCUUUUCAAAUGAGAGAUGCGACCCAGGAGUUCUUCCAUUCUAUCAAAUCAUUCACUUCAACGAAUUGCUAGCCCUCCAAAACCAGCCUAGGCACACACAGCAUCCUGCUUAUAUACGACAAGAAUAAUCCUACAACAUGGCUUCAACGAUGGAAGAGGAGGUUUACCUGACUAUGCAACCUGUCUUCUCCAAUCAGCACGCCCAGAUCCGUCGCCCAAGAGCCAUCAAACACAGAAUUCACGUUUGCAGAUGCCCGGAGAUCAACGCUCUGAUGUCCCAAUACACCCGACCAGCCGUCAUCAGUACUUGCCAGCAGCUCCUUGAGAAGAGGAUUUUCGAAAGCAGAUGGAAGGCUGAGCAGCAGUUUCCUCGACUAUCCCAAGGAGCUACACCAGUGAUUACGUCGGAGAAGCCGGAGAUCAAUUGGAAGGAGAAGAUCAGGGCACUUACAGAUGAGAUGCAGGCGGAUGAGAUAGCCCGGCAGCAAUCUGCUGUUGCAGGUACAGAACCAGAGGAAGGGGAGAACAUGAUAAGUGCAGAGUCUCACGAUAGUCUGGCUAUAGGGGAGACGGGCGAUGCGGUGGACAGCAUUACCACAGCGAGCAGCAGCACCGUCGUCGGCGAGCCCACGGCAGCAGCAACAGCAACAGCAGAACAGCCACCUAAAAAGACCACAAAGUUACCCAGGCUCCGCACCGCCUUCCUAUCAUACGAAGCUCAGCACGCUCUUAUGACAAGAACCCAAGAGCUUCUGGAGGAUGCCUGCUUCGAGUUUGCGAAGCAGGAGCACCCCGAGAUUCUAGAAUCAGGACAAUGGGACUCGCCCGAGUGUGUCGAACUCCAGAAAUGGGUAUGGAUCUUCAACAACGAGUUGUUCAGCCAAUUCGAGGGUGAAAAGGUGCCCCUGCCGCACACUGGCUGGCACACCUUUUUCGAAUCGAUUAGACAUAUUCGGCACAAGGCCGUUCAUCGGCAGGUGCUCUGUGCCGCGGACGCAAAGGCGCACCUAACCGAUGCCGAGAGCCUCGCGAGGCUGCUGCGUCAGGAUGUGUGUCAGGUCAAGCUGGGCUUGUUGAAGGAGGAGAUGGAGAUGGCACUGGCGAUUUCGGAGCGGAAGAGGGGCGUGCUGGUGGAUGUAUACCAAGCCAAGUUUGACGAGAUUGAAGCGCGAAGGAGGGACCUGGAUGAGCUUGAGGGGCGGAUGAGGGAGGAGUUGGUGCGGGAGCAUAAGAAGAUGCAGAGUGAUCUCGGAUAUGGAUUCAAGCUUGCGGUUGCGGAGAUGAAGAAGGCGGAGGCGGUGGGGAUGGAUGAAGAAGAGGAAGAAGGCGCGGGCUCCUGGGGACUGAUCGACGGCUUCUGGAAACUGGUUUCUGGCAGACGACUUGCCUGAUGUAUCUGCUACGACCAAGUGCGAUAGAUCACGCGGGUUAUUAGGUCCUUCAUAUAGUAUAUAAUAAUAAUAAUCGCAGACGGCAGAUGAUGGGUCUGAACCAUUCC